CAGGUUGGAGCGGUUAGUCUUUGCACAUUCAUAUUAAUCCGAUUUUAUUCUUUCCAAAAGUCUUCAGACGAUUGAAGUUAGCUUGAGUUUGUGUUAAUGUUCAAAAACUCUGUCUGAAAAAUUAUUUUCAUUGUGAUUUAGCAUCAUCAAGUGGUUGAGGUAAACACAUGUGCAUAACUUUUGCAAAAUCAACCAGAUUUGUUUACUUUCGGCCACUUGGCUGGGUCUCCUGGAAAAAAGAAAGACUCAUCGACGCAGACUUUAGGAGGUGCCAGAUAAGAUUUUGUAGGCUUUUCGGGAUGUUUCCCACGACUAUCCUCCUCGCAACGCUCUGCGUUUUUGCGCAUCUGGACACCUUUACGCGUGGCUGCCAGCUCCCCUCGGAAUGGCGGCCGCUGAGCGAGGGCUGCCGGGCGGAACUUGCGGAGAUCAUCUUGUAUGCCCGGGUCCUGGCAAUCCACCGGGAGCCGGUGGGCGUUGGAGUGGGCAGUCUGUACAACUCUUUGCCCUUUGGGUUCGGAUACGGGUACGAGGGCGCAGAGGAAGGGCUGCUGUACUCUGCAGAGGUGGAGCUGCUGUGUGACCAAGCCUGGGGCAGCAUGCUGGAGGUACCCUCUGGAUCCAGGCUCAACCUGACCGGGCUUGGUUACCUGUCCUGUCAGUCCCACACCGUGAUGGAGAACUACUCCUAUUUCUUUUUCCUCAGGAUGGAUGAGAACUACAGCAUCCGACCUCAUGGGGUCAACUUCCAAGAUGCCAUCUUUGCUGACACGAUUGAGAACAGACGCACGUUUUCCAGUCUGUUUCAGUUCUCCAACUGCACUCAGGGGAGCCAACCAUUUCAGACUUUCAGCCCCGAGUGGGACACGCAGGAAGACAGCAGGCUGCUGUGCUCCUCGGUGCAGGCUGCACUGUUUGAGGAGGAGGAACGAGGCCGGAAGUUGCAGGAGCGGUUGGCUGCAGCGGAAAGGAGGAACCGGCAGCUGAAGGAGCGAGUUCGCAAGGUGAAGCGUUCCUUGAGGAACGCCCGCAAAGCUGCACGCAAGGCUGAGCAGCAGGCACAGGAGCUGCAACAGAGGCUAAAAGCCUCAGAGAGAAUGGCGGGACAUCACCUCAACACUAUAACACAGAAGGAGCCUCCACUCGGGGGUUACACAAGUGCAGCGAUACGUCACAGGAUGCAACUUUAAAUCGUGUAAGUGCCACUCACCUGGACUGCAGAGUGGUUGUAGAUCUGGAGAGACUGCUGGGCGGUCUCUCUGCAAGGGACGGAGAAGUGUCACUUAUGAGUAAAAACACUUUAAAAGCAAUACUCUUUACAGUUGUCUUGUAAAUAAACUGCUAUCCCUUUUCUUUCUA